ACAAUCUCAGUCUGUUUUCAACAUGCGUGCGCUUCAGUACCUCCUGCUGCUGCUGGUCAUUUCCAUCGGCUUGGUUGCAUCGCUUCCACGCCAACGUCGUCAAAUCGAUCUCACUGUUUCGGCGGAGCACGACGAUAAGGAUGAUGAGACGGAACUGGCUCUAGAGGCCAUCGCCGGACUCUGGAGCAGUGCAGACAGUCGGACGAAGAUCGAUGGAUCCGCCAGCCUGGUGCAUCGCACCCAGGGAAUGCAAUCGGGUUCGGAGCAGGACUUUCGCCUGGGAGUGCGUGUUACAUUCGACAGAUAGGCCACGGGACACCCAGACAUUAGCAGACGGGUGGAAAUCGAGCGAUUGCGUGAGGAAUCAGCCACUUUUUAAACAAACCCACUGCCGAUAACCAUUUGACCUUCUCAGCUCAGCUUUGUAGAUAAUAUAUAUGAAACCUUCGUGUAAAUACAAUAUA